AUGUCGUGCCCUUCUAAGGUUUGCUAUGUGGCCCCUCUGAACAUUGUGAAAAAGCGUGAUAGACUCUUACGCGAGCCUCUGGCAAUCCAGACUGCUUCAUUUGAUAACCUUCUUCGCCGGUGUGACUUUGAUUGGGCUGAAGACGCCGAGGAGGCGGCUGCCCAUUGCAAUGCUUCUAUUGCAAGUACGACUCUUGAUGAUUUCUUGCCACAGGCAGACCUCAACAAUCAAUGUACCACUCCUCACCAUCUUACAAGUUUCGAUUACAAGCCAACGGUUGCAGCUGUCGAUGAAGAGGAUUUCAAUGCCUGCACCAGAAGGAACACCCUGAACCAUUCGUUGCCAAAGGUAAAGGCCAACCGUUACAAUGAAAUGUAUCCCGCUCUCAACUAUACCGGACGUUUCAAGUACACACCCUCUCUCCCAACUAUCUAUGAAGAGGUCUGGGAUGAGAUAAUGGGCUGGGUAGAUGGCACCCCCGAGACAGCCUCCAGCCCCUCGGAGAGCAUAUCGACAGAGUCCUACGAUCAUACCACCGGUCCCUGGAGAAACGAGACGCCUUUCACAGAUAACGAUGAUUUGGAUGGUAAUUUGGCUGCCCUGCAAGCCAUUGGAAACAUCUUUGCCGAUCGACAGGCGUGGAUCGAUGUUGACGAAGCCAUCCACCACUAUAAUUGGAUGGGCCGUAGGGUUUACACCCGCAGCUCGACUUCUCCAUCUGAUUCUUUGGCUAUGAUCCUCGCAACGCCCAAAAAUCCACAAGGAAGCGAUCUGUGGAGGAUCCAAUCUGUUAUUAACCGGGCUUUGCCGUACAUUGACCCAGUAGUGGUGUUUCUCAAUGACACCGGUGAUAGGUUGCUCGAACUCCGGGGCUCAGAAUUGGUGCGAGCCUCCACGGGGCGUGUUUUCAAAUUUUAUACCCCUCAUGGAAGAUGGAUGGAGGAUUCGGGAGACAAGAAAGAUGAAACAACAACAGACUUUGGCAGUACCCAAACUUAUGACGCAACGGAUUUGGCUGUUGGAAAUGGCUUUGUGGAAUCAAGUCCUAUUUGCUCGCUGUCACAAUGGACGGAGUGCCGCGAUCGAGCCUUUGACAGCUCUGAACAAUUGAAUCGACUGCCGCGAAAGUUGACUUGGAAGCACACACCCUCACCUUUGCGACAAUGCGAAUCAAUUUCACCUCCAGAAACCUUUGAGGCACCAUGCACAACCCCACCUUUGCGACAAUGUGAGUCAAUCUCACCUCUAGAAACCUCCGAGGCACUAUGCCCACAGGGCGUCAGUAAGGCAAAGAGACCAGCCUGGAAGAUCACAACUUGUGUAGCUGGAGCACCCAGCGAGGAAUAUUUCUCCUUCCCGACUCCUACGUUUGGUCGCCCUAAAGGAAUCAAACCAGCAUUUGCAAAAGCUCAGAAGGGACUCAAAUCUCUGUUCAACUCGGUGAAGAGCACUAUAAGCUAG